AUGGCCUCUUCGGAUUCCACCUUGCAUCUACCGCGCAUUCUCUGCAUCCACGGAGGUGGUGUGAAUGCGGCAAUCUUCAAGGCACAGCUUCGUGCAUUCCUCGGCCAUGACAAGCUGAAGAAUCGAUACCGGUUUGUCUUCGUCGAUGCUCCAUUCUUCUGCGACGAGGGAGUCGGCGUGCAUCCCGUGUAUUCGGAUUGGGGUCCGUUCCGACGGUGGUUCCGUUGGCUAGAGUCUCACCCAGAGAUUGACCCAGCCGCCUGUCAAUAUGAGCUGGAGUACACCAUCGAGCGGUGUAUGGAGAGCGACGAAGGGACGGGGGAGUGGGUAGGGACCUUGGGCUUCAGCCAGGGAGCAAAACUGGCAGCGAGCAUGCUUUACGAGCAGCAGCUCAAGGAGAAAACCGGACCUUGGAAGUUUGCCAUUAUUCUCGCCGGCCGAGCCCCGUUGGUCAGUCUGAGUGAAGAGGCUGAAGAAUUGCCGUGGAUGCAGUCAGCAGGCGGCCUCGCGGACGCGGCCGAUGUCGAAAGCAUCCUUGAGCGUCCGGACAUGAAGUUGAAAGUCCCGACACUGCACGUUCACGGCCUGAAGGACGAGGGUCUCCAUCUUCACAGGAAGCUAGUGGAAAACUACUGUGCGCCGGAGACAACGACGCUUAUCGAAUGGGAUGGGCCUCACCGCAUUCCUAUCAAGAAAAGCGAUGUCGAUAAGAUAGUCGAUGCUUGGAUCGAGCUCGCUGAUGAAUACGGCGCCUGA